AUUGUUAUUACUAUCAUGUCUCAAACUAUAAGCAUAAAGGCUACUAUAGAUACUGUUUGUCCAUGGUGUUUCAUUGGCAAGCGUCGUCUUGAUAAGGCAAUACAAAAGAUGAAAGAAAUUCACUCAAAUGUGUCUAUUCAAGUCCAAUAUCUUCCUUUUCAAUUGAACCCUCAUCAAGAAGGUUCAGUGGACAAGAUGGAGUCAUACAACAAAAAGUUUGGAGAGGAGCGAGUGAAGAGCAUGAUUCCGAUGGUCACAAAAGUGGCAGAAGGUGAAGGCAUCCAUUUGAAGUAUGGAGGCGUUAUCUCAAAUACAUUUGACUCUCAUCGAUUGGUUUGGUGGUCUCAACAGUUUGGUAAACAGAGUGAAGUAGUGGAAGAGAUAUGCAAACUGUAUUUUGAGAGAAAUGAGGAUGUAGGAGAUCAUGAGUCACUUGCCAAUGCUGCUGAAAGAGCAGGAUUAAGUAAAGACGGCACUAUUGAAUUUAUAAAGAGUGAGCAAGGUGUAUCAGAAGUCAAAGAUUUGUUACGUAGAAAUGCAUUCAUGGAUAUUCAUGGCGUACCUCAUUUUACCAUCAAUGACAAAUACGCUGUAUCAGGAGCCCAAGAAACGGAUACUCUUGUUAACGUAUUUCAGCAUGUUUUAUCAAAAGAACAAUAAAUCACACGCGCAUAGACAUACGCGUCGUUCUCUUCGGAGUAACAAAAAAAUUUUCAUGCAGUACUGAUGACGAUCCC